AUGUAUGUACAAAAUGUUCAUCAGAAUGCAAAACAUGUAAAUUCUAAGCAAAUAAUUGUCUCUCCUGUAUUUUUCCUUAAAGACUAAGAGGAAGAAAAUGUGUAUAAAGUUGCCUUAUAAAUGAAUAUUUAUCUAGAAAAGAAGGAAGAUGUGAACUAUGCCCUUAAGGUUGCUCAAAAUGUACAGGAAAA